GCCAAAUGACCAAAACGUACAAUGAUAUCGACGCCGUUACCAAGCUGUUGGAAGAAAAAGAGAAAGAUUUGGAGCUGGCAGCACGAAUCGGACAGCAGCUCUUGGGACGCAAUCACGCUCUUGAAGAUAGGAUUGCCGCGUUAGAGGGAGAAUUGGCUUUGGCUAAUGACACCUGUACCCAGCUUCGCCAUGAACUCCAGCUCAAGUCGGAAUUACUGCACAUUUACAAUGCCGAUGGGGACCCCGAUUCGGAAGCAGGAACUCCCCAGGGGGUCAGGCUCUUCAAUCUAGAGCUCUUCCAGAGGAGAGUAAAAGCAUUGGAAGAAGAAAAUACUUCCCUGAGGCAAGAAACUCUAUACCUGCAACAGGAAACCUCUGCAUGUGAAUCAAAGGAAAGGGAUCUCAUCAAUGAUGUUGCAAAGGAGCUAUGUGAGACGAAGUUGCAAGUCAAAUGCCUCUCAGAAGAACUUGCCAAGAAAAUAGAUGAGAAUUUUCGUCAGCAAGAGGAGCUCACCUCCCUGCUAGCCCAACUCAUAGAUCAUCAAACAAAGGGCAAAAAGUUGUCUGCUGAGAAUGAAGAACUGUCCAGUCACCUGCUAGCUGCAAAAGAGGCCCAAUUGGAACUGACAACAGAGCUGGCAGAUUUCAAGUUGAAGUAUGCUGAAGUGCUGGCCUUACUCAGAGAUACGCAAGAACAGCUGAAGCAAACCAAGGAAGAGACAUACUCAGGUCCUCUGCCAUGGGCUAAUAAUUAUUUCAAUCCAGAGAGCCUUGCAGCUGAAAUAGAACAGUCACUUGCAGAGGAAAUCCACCAAGAGUGCCAACAAAAGAUGUCUGCAACAAUCAAGAAGGUCUUUGAAACGUUUCGAUGUGUCAACAAAACUCCUGUCCCCCCAUCAUAUUUGGCGAUUCCCACUCAGGCCUUAACAAAUCCAUCCUCUCCCUACAUGCCUCUCCCUUGUCCUAUCCAGUCUUCCACAACCAUAAUGUCAUGGAGCAAUCAGAGCUAUCCCAGUUUUGAUUCUGCUCUCUUCAGUGAUUCAGAUUUGUCUGGUCUAACAGACGAGGAGUCUCUCUACCCGUCAACAAGUAAAGCUGGGGUACCAGGCUAUCCGGGAUCAAAAGACCUCCAGACUGCUUUGCAAAAACUUGAUCCCCUGGAUGUUUACAAGCGAAGAGAUCAGUUGGGCAGCAUCAGUGCAAGUGACUGGGAGACUUCACCUUCUGAUGAUUUAUCAAGAUCCCCAAGACCAACAUCUUGGGUCCCUCCACCUCCAGGUUGUAGGACUCCAGACUCCAUCAUGAGCCUUGGGAGCCUUCAGUCUCAGUUUAGUUCUAAAGCCAGUGCUAAUCCACUCAAUCAAUGGAAGGCUUCUGAAAAACUUCAGUUGGUGAAACCUUUUGAGGGCUCUAUGACACUGCAUCAAUGGUCUCGAUUGGCUACACCCCACAUGGCAACAGUACUGGAUGAGAGACCUGGUAUACAGCAUAGAUCCACAGCUACUGCUGGAUUAUUCAAAAACUCAUUGAAGGAAGAGCUUGAAGAUGCUGCAACUGCAACAUCACAAGAGACACCUUCAUCUUCAGAAGUCAUUAAUCCUGGAAAAGCCUUUGGCUUCACAAACAGCGUCUAUACCUACACCAAUUCAACUGUCUUGCAUCCUGAUGAUACUACCUUAGUCACUCCCAGCCUUCAACGAACUCACAUGUCCUCAAAAGUGAAAGAUGAAUUCAGUCUUUGGGCUAUUUCAAGAAAAAGUGCUGCACUCUUGAAACAGACAUUCAUUGGUGAUGCAUCUCGAACAGGAUCCCUAAGAAAAAAGGGAUCAAGAAGGCUGUCUUCUUCAGUGUCAUCUGAAGGUAGCCCCAGUGCUGCUCCUUCUACAGGAUACCAGCUGGUUGAUCAAGUUGAGAAGAUUGGGCUGACAAACCUUAUGGCUUCUCCACCAACAUUUGUUCCUAUGAUGUUUCCGGGUGGCCCAGUGUGUUCCAGGUCCAAGCGUAGCCCCAUGAUGCAACUCACUAGUCUCAAAGCCUUGUCACAAAGACCAGGCUAUAGAAAGAAAGUGCCUUCAGGUGAUGAAAAGCAAACCAAUUUGAGCUCUGGUGCUUGUACCUCCAGUGAGAAGAAACUGCCAAGCCGAGUUAUCGCUUCCACCUUUGGAGUACCAGGAAAGCCAGGCUCUGGAAUCUUGGCUACUAAACUUCGCCAGUUUGGGAAAGUGCGGCCUGAUCUAGGCAAAGUGACUCCUAGAAAACCUGUCAGUGGAAAGGAGGAAGAUUCAGGGAUGGGUACUCUGUCAUUCCUAUCAUUUGGGAGAAAGGGAGGUCUCUUGUAGCAGUGGAGGUAAUUAGUGUCCCAAUUUUCAAUUAAGUAUUUUUAUGGGAAUGUAGGGGCUGCUUUCAACUAUUGCAUCUCUGCUAUAAAGUUUUUCAUUACUUUACAUAUCAGUUGUAG